AUCCUCAUCGUCGGAUUACGGCUGUGUAACUGCUGCCAUCCUCAUGUGGCAGCAUUUUCUAUCGUAUCAUCCCCACAUUAACAGAUCUCCUCUGCCUCACGUCAUCAUGGAUAGUCGGUUCAUUAUCGAUUAUAAAUAAUGUUUGUUCUCCUUACAGUCUCGAGCACACCGUAAGCAGCACAGCCCUUUAAACUGUAGUUUAGAGCAAUUCUACAUCACAAUUCAACAGACUGCGCGCAUCUCAACAUUUAUCAAACGUAGCGAACACCUCUUAAAGCGUUGUGUAGUGAUGUAUCUUUCUUUAUUACAAUCUCUGUUGUGGGGGUUGUUGUUUUUCCUUGGCCAGAUUUUCUACAGUCGGUGUUAAAGCAUGACAUCAUGCAAAUGACAAAUACUUUCCAAUGAGAUUAAACUGAAACAAAUGAUGUCAUUUUAUUGAUUUCCAUCCUGCUUUUGUUCCAGCUGGAAGGUCAAUUGUUUGUUCAUUUGUUGCUCUGCAGAUGAAGGGGAUCAGGGCGUGGGUGUAAAAUAACAAACUCACAGUCUGCAGGGAUUACAACGCGGCGUGUCCCACGGAUUAUAUUUAGCAAGCUAACAAUCAUACUACACACUGGGGUCAUCCUGCUGAUCUGACCAGGUGCCACUCAGCCUCUGUGUUGGUGUGACUGCAGGGAUCAGUAUGGAGAAAAUCCACUGAGGUUUCAUAACAAACUACCAAUCAAAGCUGCUGACAGGUGGCAGCUCGGCUUAAUGCCUCAGCAGACCUGAUAUACUGCAGAGAUGAACAUGUCAGAGGAAUGAGUUUCAUCAUUCACCAUAGUUGCAUAGCAAUAGCGAAGGAUUUGUUUUUUACUUACUAUUGCGUUAAUCAGAUUGCUUAUAAAACAGAUACAGAAGCCAUGACCUUAUUUAGGAAGAGAGCCACAAAUGUUAACCUAGUUAAAAUCCACAUUUCAUCAGAAUGAGAUUUUACAAACAGUCAAUAUCAGGGCAAGUUCAAUAGCAAACUGGAUGAAGGACCAUAUAAGACAUUACACUCUCUGAUACUAAGUAGUAAAAAAAUGAUCUAUAUAUAAUAUAUAAAUAUUGUCUCAUUUUAAAAAAAGUACUUCAAGAAGGAGAAUCCAUGUUUCACUAUUUGUUUUUUUUACUGAACCCCCCCAAUAAUUGCUUAAUGGGCAUUCUUCACCCCCCCAGUGUUGGGUGUUUACACGUUUGAGCAGCACGAAGAGCUCGGCGCGUGGCGAGGCGUUCUUACGCGCGCGGGCCGGGCCAAUGGGAGGGGAGGAGCGACGUGACAGCGGGUCUCCAGCCGAGCCACCAGCGCACUUCCUCAGCGGGACGGCGGCAUGGCGGCGACGACCGCCGCCGUUGGCGGCAAGAAAACCCACGUUAACAGGGAACACGGCCGGAGGAACCGGGAGAACUCCCGCCGGAGACAAGCCGCUCUCUUAUUUCUCAGCAACAUCUCAUUGGACGGACGGCCGGUGCGGAGUGAUUCAACCGACCGCGUAGGAAGCCUCCAGCAGAGAGACACCGACCUGGAGGCAGCCGUCACCGGCUCUCAGGUGCUGGCCGAGCUGUGUCCGGAGCUCGUGGACGCCGGGAGCUACGGGCGGUUCUCCGGUUUGGCGGCGGCCGUAAGCUGCGGGGACGUGAGUCCGUCCCCGGCGCCGAGGACCGGUCUCCUCGGCAUACCGCCUAUCCUCGUCCUGCCGUCCGACGCGGGCUUCGGGGGCGCGGGCAGCGCGGAGGUCCUGCUGCGGUGCCGCCGGGACUCGCUCCCGUCGCCCGGGAACCUGAACCUGCUCUUGCCGUCCCCGUCUAGCGUCAGCAUGCUGCCGUCGCCUCUGGGACCGCGGAAGUCCUCCACGCUGCUGUCGGUCCAGAGCUGUAACUCCGUGUCCUCGGAGCCGCGGCAAAGGACUCGUAACCUCUCUGGCGGCUCGCCAAGACCUCGACACGCCAAGAAGAUCCACUUCAUCAAAAACAUGAAACAAUACGACACAAGAGGCAGCAGGAUUGUGCUGAUCUGUGCGAAGAGGUCUCUGUGUGCGGCCUUCUCCAUUCUGCCCUACGGAGAAAGCUUCUACCUCAGUGACCCCACGUUAAACCACACCAGGAGGAGGCACUCGUCUGGUAACAUCUCCACCACCCUGGAGAUGCUCCCGGGCCUGGAGGGCUUUCAACUGGACACCUACGGCAGGGUAGAUUAACACACAUU